CUCUGUCGGACGAGAGCGGUCAACGCGGUUAGUCCCGCCUCAGAGAGAGAGACAGAGGGAGCAAGGCCGCGGGCUGUGCGUUUCAUAUUUCUUUUCCAAAACAAAAGAUGUUUUAAUACGGACGGCGGACUACUUUUCUUCAUUAAAGAACAUAAAUCGUCGAGGGUUUUUGAAAGAAAAUGUUGAGGGCUUCAUGGAAAGUGGCUCCGCCGUUAAAGAAGUGUCUUUGUGGUAAAUCACAGCUUCAUCCCUUGCGACAAUGCCGUGGGUAUACAACUGGAAGUAGAGCUGGUACGUCAGCAGGCAAAAUAGUGGGAGGAAGUAUCCUGUUUAUUGGAGGUGGCCUAGGUGGCACUAUAUUGUAUGCAAAGUGGGAUCCCAGAUUUCGAGAGAAUAUAGAGAAAACCGUCCCGUACUCUGAAAAAGUGUUUGAGUUGGCUCUCGGUCCUGCACCGUAUAACCUCCCUCUAUUAAAGAAACAGGACAUGGAGGAUCCAUUGAAAGUAUUAACGUCCUCUGAAAUAUCGAAGGAAUCCAAACUUCCAAAAUCCAUGCAAGAUAAAGAAGCUUCACCCUUUGAAGCGACUAUAGAAGAUUCCUCCAAACAUGCAGCUGCAAUUAUUUCUGCUGUUGGUGACGCUCCAACAGUCCCUGCUCCUGUGGUCCAAGGUGAACCUAGUAUCAUACCUCAGGAGCAUGGUCCAGAAACCACCUGUGAGCAUGAAAUGAAACAAAAACCUGAUCCAAGUGGUGAAAGCUGUAGUUGUGAAAAUGAAGCCUUGCAGGGCCAACACAUCGCAGUAGAAGAACGUCCACCUCAGGAGGUUGCAAAACACCUAGCUCAGCAAGAUAGAGAGGAAAACGUCAAAGUUGUUGAAAUAACAUCAACUUUGGAGGAUGCCCUUGGUCGAAGUGCCCAAGUAACACUCAAGGCAAUUGAAGCUCAGGAUUCAGCAAUAGAAGCCAUUACCUCGCAUGCUCAGAGGUUAAAGGAAGCAAUGGAUAAUUCUGAGAAUACUGCAGAUCGAAAGUCAGAACAAUGGCGAGCCUUGGAAACUGCACUGAGCAUCCGCAGCAAGGUUGUGAACAGAGCCAAUGAAGCACUGAUGAAAGCCAAAGAAGAAUUAGACAACCUUCGGAGCACAAUUGAAGAAGCCAAACAGAGUCAGAUCUCUUCUGUUAGACCACAGCUCCUGGCUGCGGAAGAGAAUCUCCACCACAUGUUGGUGGAUCUGGAUCAUGUAGAAAGGAAGGUGCAGGCAGCUCAAUCAGAAGCCAAAAUAGUUGUUCAGUACAGUGAGCUGGUGGCUAUGGCCAGGGAUGAAUUCAAGAAGGAACUGGAGAGCAUCACUCCAGACGUAAAACCUGGAUGGAAAAAUCUCAAGGUGUCUGAUCUAGCUGGCCAGCUGAGCACCGAUGACCUUAACUCAUUGAUUGCCCAUGCCCAUCGUCGCAUUGACCAAUUGAACAGAGAGUUGGCAGAACAACAAGUGCGGGAACAGCAGCACAUUGACAUGGCACUUGAGCAUCAGAAACUGGAACAUAAGAAAGCUUUGGAAACAGCAGUGACAAAAGCCCUGGAGCAUUAUCGAUCAGAAAUCCUUCUUGAAAGGGACAAAAAGGCAGAAGAAGUACGAGAAGUAAUGGAGGCCGAGAUGCGAACUCAGCUACGCAGGCAAGCUGCUGCUCACACUGAUCAUCUGAGGGAGGUACUGAAGGUUCAGGAACAGGAAUUCAAAGGAAAAUAUCAGGAGGAGUUGCAACAAAAGAUAUCUGAAUAUGAAAUUGAAUUCAGACGCUUGGCUCAGGAACAAGUGGACAAUUUUACACUGGACAUGAAUGCAGCUUAUUCCAGGUUGAAGGGUAUUGAACAAGCAAUGGAAAGUCAUGCAAUUGCUGAAGAGGAGGCUAGAAAGGCGCAUCAACUCUGGCUCUCCAUAGAAGCUCUGCAAUACACACUAAAAACGUCCUCUGGUGAUAGUCUGACAGAACCUCUACAGAAAGCCCUGGAAGCUAUUACAAAUAGCUGUGGAGACGAUCAGUUCACACAGGCCUUAGUUAAAGCUCUUCCUCAAGAGUGUCUGUCCCGUGGCGUGUACAGUGAAGAGGCAUUGCGUCAUCGAUUCUACACAGUACGGAAAAUAGCACGACGUGUGGCCAUGAUAGAUGAGACGAGAAAUAGCCUCUAUCAAUAUUUCCUCUCCUACCUGCAGUCCUUCCUAUUAAUGGAGCCCCAAGUAGCAAAGCCUCCUGAGGAACUUAACCCCGAAGACCUGGACACAUUUAGACUGUUAUCGUACGCUUCGUUCUGCGUUGAACAUGGCGACCUAGAGCUUGCAGCUAAAUUUGUCAACCAACUUCGUGGAGAACCAAGAAGGGUGGCACGAGACUGGCUGACAGAAGCUCGUGUGACCCUCGAAACAAAGCAAAUAGUAGAAAUCCUUUCAGCUUAUGCCAAUGCGGUUGGUUUGGGUACCACACAAGUUCAAUAAUUCAACAGAAAACAGUCCUUAUCACGAUAGGAAAAAUGGAGUCCAACCCUGUAAGCACUAUGUUACUGACUUCACUGACUGUUCCAGUGUAUUUCCAGUAGAUGGUACAAUGAAGUAAGUUGUUGGAAUGUGUGUUUGUAAUUUGGUAUAAUAGUUUUAUGGAUUGGACUUUGUAAUUGAACCAAAUAAUCAUUUCAACUCACUGUAUGUUGAUUUUUCCCUUCAGAUGCAUAUCAAUAAAACAAUUAAACAAUGAA